AUUGAAUUGGAUGAAAUUCAAUGGAGAAAGGCUUACUUACCAAAUAUGUCCAACCUGACAAUCAAAACAAAACCAAUCGGCUUACGCGUGGGAAUCCAAGAAGCUUAAAAUCCAGAUACCCAGUUUGGAUUCUUCUCAACCAAUCAUUAUAUUCUACCAAUUCAUCCCACAUUAAAUAAAAUCACUAUAAAUCUUUUGUUUGUUCAAGUGACCAAAGAUGUCAUCAGCAGCCACCAAUAUUUUGCACCAACCCACUUACACAACUUUGUCAAUUCGCUCUUCUAAUCUUAAGUCUUCGAAUCCUAGUUUAUUUCUUGCAUUUUCUACCAAGAGGCCCGUUUUAUGCGGUCGACUUGUUUCCAGAACUAUGACCGAAAUGGUUAAAACGUCUUCGUUUAGAGAUAGUAGGAGUAGCAGUGAUGUCGAGGAAGAUGUUAGAGUGCUUGAACAAGAAGCUUUAAUUGAUGGGUCGUCUCAGGUUGCAGCUGCUCGGCUGGAGUCAACGCUCAAUCGUCUGAGCAAGUGGAUUGUGGCUGCAUCAUUUGGUGGUGUGAUUAUUUGGAGGCAUGAUGCUGAAGCUUUGUGGGCUUUGAUGGGGUCUGUUGUUAAUGCUAUUCUAUCAGUUACGCUCAAACGGAUUUUAAACCAAGAGAGACCUGUUUCCACUUCAAGAUCCGAUCCUGGGAUGCCAUCUUCUCAUGCACAAUCUAUUUUCUUCAUUGUCACUUACAUUAUUCUGUCAGUUGAGGAAGCACUGGGUUUAAGUGGAGCUACAUUUGCAAUCAGUGGGCUUGCCAUGGCAUGUGGUUCAUAUCUGUCAUGGCUAAGAGUCUCUCAACAACUUCAUACAAUCAGUCAAGUGGCCGUGGGCGCUGCAGUGGGAUUUACUUUCUCCACUGUUUGGUUAUUGGUAUGGCAUGCUUUUGUGCUGGAAGCUUAUCUUUCCAAUUUAUGGGUACGGAUAAUAGUUGUUUUAGGGGCUGCUGGCUUUUGCUUAGGCUUUGCUGUAUAUGUGAUUCGCAAUUGGUUUAGAGAUGAAAGAUGAAAUUUUGUAAAAUGUAUAAUCUUGCUUCUGAAACUGAGCUUAACAUCAUACGUUGAACUUUAUGAUAUUUGUCAGCAUGUAUAUGUGUACACACAUCAAGCAAUGGCUUUAAUAUCAUUCUUUCAGAUCAAACAGCGGCCAGACCAA